AUGCUGAUUUCACGUAUAACUAAAGACAGGCUUGUACGAUCAGGGUUCAUUGACAUUACAAGAUCCAAAAAGAAAUUCAAAGAUUAUGGUGUUUGGAAUGGAAGUAUCCUAGAAAUAAAUCUUUCAGGAGAAUUUCUAACUGAUACUGUAAUUGACUUAAAUGACAAAGCACACUCAAUUCCUCGUUACGAAAAGUGUUUCAGAAAGCCAGAAUACCCCUUAACAUAUUAUCCUGACAAAAACAAUUCAUAUAAUUUAACAGUUGAAAUUACAGAGAACAUGAUUAUUUAUCCAAAAAUAAUAAAUUGCAAGAACAGAUUUAUUGAUUACUCAUUUGUAAUCAAGAAUCCAGGCCCUAACAUUGAUUCCAGAUUUGAAAAAUUAAAGACUCUAUAUUUGGUUCUUUCAUGCAUUCAUUUUAUAGGCUCAAUUGCAUUACUAUUCAUUCAAUACUAUUUUGCAUCUUUUGGAGCAUUAUUAAAGUCAAUUACAACAUUUAUUUUAUUUUUUUCGAUCAAAAACAUUGAUAUCCUUGGAAGCCAUUGCUUUCUGAUUGAAUAUACAAACUACUUUGCAAGUGGACUAUUCUUAUAUUUCACAUUCCGCUCAGGAAUCAUAAAACAUCUUGAAGAAAAUUCCUAUGAUGAUAUUGAAAUGAUGAUUUAUCAUAUAUUUGGUUUCUUCUAUUCAUUUGUUCUUCAAUACACGGUAAUACGUGGUUACUAUCCUCACUAUGGAAUUAUUUACAUGAUAGCAUUAGGUGCAAAUGUUUUGGUUUGGGGUGAUAUAUUAUUAUAUUUAGGAAUUCUUCCUUCUGAAGUAUAUGCGCUUAGUUUCUUAGGCUUCUAUAUUCUUAAAUGUGAAAGUAAGUAUUUCUACCCACAAUUGCUUUAUGAAAUAGGUGUUUUGAUAAAUUAUCUGAGUAUCAUUUUCUAUCGAUAUAUUUGGCCGGAUUUAAAGGACAGAAUUGAUUACUCAGCCCUUUUGGAUAUAAUCGGUACUACGUUUUAA